GCUGCGAGCCGGAGCUGCACGGAGGCAGAGCAGGAGCGGGGAGCUCUCCGAGGCUGCUUCUUUGCGAGUGAAACACACACAGGGAUGCGAUGAAGCAGCGUCGUGGUUGCCGCCUGGAUUAAGAAGGAAAACAUUUUUUAAAAAAAAUAGAAAAAACACCCAAAAAACCCAACAAAAAACACCACAAAGCCGGACGCAACAAACGAGGCGAAAAGGGAGGAGAGAAGGAGGCGGAGGCUGCUGGGGGAGCCCGCUCGGAUGGGCGAAGAGGCGCUUUGAAUCGUGCCUCUGUUCCCAGGGAUUAAAGCAUGAAUGGGAGCAGCUUCCCGGCCACGAUGGACAGAGAAGGCGGCUCCGGCUGUGGGAAUAAGGUUUCCUUCCACAUGAGUCCCUGAGGUUCCUGCUGGCAGCUCCAGCAGUGCCCUGCAGAAGUGCUCUCCUGCUCCUGGGCUCAGCAGCCGAGGCCCCUCCAAACCUGCUUCUGCAAUGGAUGAUGGUGGUGACUCCCAGCGUGAUCUCGCUGCAGGCUUGGACUCCAAGGAAUACUGCCUGUCGGACCGGGACAUAGUGGAGGUGGUGAGGACAGAGUACGUUUACACGCGCCCACCCCCGUGGUCAGACACGCUGCCCACCAUCCACGUGGUCACCCCCACCUACAGCCGGCCGGUGCAGAAGGCAGAGCUGACCAGGCUGGCCAACACCCUCCUGCACGUCCCCAACCUGCACUGGAUCCUGGUGGAGGAUUCCCAGCGCCGCACGCCGCUCAUCACCCGCCUGCUGCGGGACACGGGGCUCAACUACACCCACCUCAACGUGGAGACACCCCGCAACUACAAACUGCGGGGGGACAUGAGGGACCCCCGCAUCCCCCGAGGCACCAUGCAGAGGAACCUGGCCCUCAGGUGGCUGAGAGAGACCUUUAACAAAAACAACAGCCAGCCCGGGAUUGUUUACUUUGCUGAUGAUGAUAACACCUACAGCCUGGAGCUCUUCGAGGAGAUGCGCAGCACCAGGAAGGUGUCGGUGUGGCCCGUGGCCUUCGUGGGCGGCCUGCGCUACGAGUCGCCCAAGGUGAACGCGGCGGGGAAGGUGUACGGCUGGAAAACCGUCUUUGAUCCUCACCGCCCCUUCGCCAUCGACAUGGCCGGCUUCGCCGUCAACCUCAGGCUCAUCCUGCAGCGCUCGCAGGCCUACUUCAAACUGCGCGGGGUCAAGGGCGGCUACCAGGAGAGCAGCCUGCUCCGAGAGCUGGUCACCCUCAGCGACCUUGAGCCCAAGGCUGCCAAUUGCACUAAGAUUUUAGUCUGGCACACAAGGACAGAGAAGCCUGUGCUGGUGAACGAGGGCAAGAAAGGAUUCACAGAUCCCAAUGUGGAAAUCUGACUGUGCAUGGCUGAACGGAGACCAACACCAGAUUUCUUCAUGCACAACCUGCAAGGUUCCUCUCCACAGCAUCCACCCAGCCAGCCAGGCGGGAGCCAGCACCUCUGCCGCCUCCCACUUGUGAAAAAACAAGCAACACUGCAUCCAUGAACUGCCCGGAUCCCCUGCCCUUCCUCCUGGCCUCGGGGCACCAGCAGACGCUCCGGAGGUGGAGAAUAAAGCACAGAAAGCCAGGACUGGCAGCUCCCGGCGCGGAGGCUCCGGCUGGGAUGUGGCUGCACCGAGCGGGGGCUGUUUGCCAGCACCUGGGCUGAGGGAGAGCCAUGGCAGUGGCCCCUGGGGACUGGUUUUGCUGAGAAACACGAACCUUGUGGCCAUGUGUGACAGCCUGAGCAGCUCUCUGGCCGUGGAGGGGACAGCUGCCUUCCGAGAUGGCACCUUAGCCCUUAAUUUUAAACCUACUUUAAUCAGUGUUUGUUACGCUGCACAAGACAGGAAAGGUUUGGGGAGGGGGAAAAAACAAGGCAGGUUAGAACAAACCCUUUAAGCAUCACUGUUCUCUGAUUUCCCUCUCCUUUUCCUCCCUCAGUUUCAGUUUGGGGGGCACCCUGAUGUUCCUCUGUGGUCAUGGAAUCAUGGAAGGGUUGGGGAUGGAAGGGACUUCAAGUCCUCUGGUCCAACCCCCUGCCAUGGGCAGGGACACUUUCAGCUGGACCAGGUUGCUCCUGGCCUUGAAUAUUCCCAGGGAUGGGGCAUCCCCCACCUCUCUGGGCAACCGCUGCCAGUGUGACACCACCCCCAGCGUAAAAAAAUGUCCUUAUAUCUAAUAUAUCCUCUUUGGAGUUUAAAACCAUCAACCCUUGUGCUGUCCCUGCUGAAAGGUUUGUCCCCAUCUUUCUUAGAUGGGAUGGAGGGACAGGAUCAGGGAGCUGCUGCUCCAGUUCAGCACUGAUCCUGGAUGGAGUCAUGGCUCCAGCACGUGGUUCUCUAAAAAUGCUAAAUUAAUUGGAGCUGGGGUUUAAUGGCAUUGCUGGGGCCACCCACCGUAAUAUUCAUCCAGACCUUGGUCCUGUUUAGCCCUAAUUUGGUUCCUGUGAGCAUUAGGUGUGGGAUGCUCUGAAGGUAAAUUUCUACUCUUAAAAAAUGAAACUCCUUCAAACUAGGGACUGGAUGCUAAGAGGUGAUUUUAGUGCAUUUCCCAUUUGACUGGAGUGCAUCCUUCAGCCCCAGCCCCUUUUUCUGCUGCUGCAGAGCUGGAGUGAAAAGCCACCCUGGAGCAGCUCCCAGUCCCCUUUGAAGGAGAGAGCAGCACCCUUGGGCAGGGGAUCCUGGGCUCAGGGCUCUGUUUAUCCAACACCUGGUGGUGCUGCCACCCUGGGUGACUCUGUUUGGGACUGCCAAACUUGCUGAGACAAAAACUGAGGGACAACAGGCCCCUUCUCCCCAGCCAAAACCCCUAAAUUCCCUCCCCCUUCAUAACUGUUGUCAAACCUUUGAACAACCCCCCACCACUGUCCUUCAAAAAUUUUGAAGCACAAUUUUACCUCUGAACUGAGGGAAAAAUGUAAUCCUGCAAUAGACUUGGUUAUUUUUAGCCCUAACACAUAGAACUGUUAAAAUGCUCUGGGUUUGGUUAUUGGCUUCACGGUGCAGAAGUCUCCCCUUGGACUAAUGACAUUAUGUAUUUCCUGAUAUUUCAAAGGAAAAUAUUUUUUGUAAGUUAUUUUCUCCCGCUGUAUAUCAGAACCAUUGGGGAAAAGUCACAUUCUUUAGCUCCCAGCCACAGAAGCCUUUACAAAAAUGUUCCUUUUAGAUGCAAUGGCUGAAGCACUACUUGGAAAGGAAGUGUUGGAUGCUGCUGGCUGCUCUAUGGGAACAGGUAUUGUUACCUUGGAUUAAAACUCUGCACUCAAGUAGAUUUAUUCUGUUACUGUACUGGCCUUCCAAGUUCCCUUCAGUCUGCAAACCCUACAGUGGAAAGAGACAUUUUUCAAGGACUACCAAGUUUUCAUAGCAUUGAAAUAGUUUCCAGCUGAUGUCCUCUCCGAGCUGCAUGUUUUGGUUCACUAAUCUGAAUUCCAGUCCCUGCUGGGUUCCAACCUUCCCUCCUUGGAAGGAAAUAACUUGUCAGAAAAAUGCAAAGGAUGGAGUUGUGAACACAGCCCUGCACAUUUGCUCUGGCCACAGGAGCCUGGGCCCUUUCAGCUGUCCCAGAGCUGCCGUGGCCCUGGGGAGCAGAGAUAGGUGUGACAGACCUGGCCAGGAUGGAGUGUGUUCCAGCUGCACUGUCUGUUCUCAGUUUUAAACAAACUGUAUUUAAAUUUGUUAAAUAAAAUGAUGGUUUCUAAGA